AUGUCUCCCCGCCGAAUGGUACUUGAAGUGGUGUGCAGCCGCGGGCGGCGCAUCAUCUGGUUACACCAUCACGAAGUCUCUCGGGUCGAAGUAAGGACGAGCGCGAGAGGCUCAGAAGCUGGAAACCCAUAUCUGCCCCUCCCCUCCUGCACACUCCGAGAACUCAGACCGGACGAUGAGAUCUGCACGCGUUGGAACUCUGCAUAA